CCAUGAUGGGAGCCUGAGUUCGGCUGGAGCGACGAAAAAAGAAAGAUGAUUCCACGGGACGGAGCUGUCAAAGCAAUCUCUGCAUAUUUCUGAUCCUUGUAUAGUCUGUAUACAUCUGAGGUGGAGCCUGUCACUUUUUUCCCUUACGUGCGAUGUUCUCGGCGCGCGCUCGGUGACAAUGUUGAAUCGCUAAGGAGGUCUUUUUUGGAUCGAAAAAAAAAAAAAACGGAGCUAGCCAUUGUUGCUAGCUAGUGUGCUAGCCUAGCGAGCUAGCCUAGCUCCAACACCCCCCCCCCACCCCCACCCCCCAGUCCGAGUGACUGGAUACGGGCUUUUUCAUUUUUUAAUUAAAAAAAAAAAAAUCCCUCCUUCCUCCUUCAGGGGUUACCGUCGAGUUCUCUUGUUCUCGCUUCGGACCGAACCCCGAGGCUUACUCCUUGGACAACUGCAUGAAUUUCGCUGGGGACUAUUUGGAAGAGCGACCGCGGGAUUGGAAAAGUCGGGCCUUCGCAGAGGAGAAGCCGAGCAGGGCCCGUCUUUAUGUUCCAGAGGAAGCCUGUCUAAUCCCAACGAGCUCGGCUGGCUAGCCCCGAGGAGGACCUCCUCCCCCUCCCCCUUACCCCGACCUACCGAGGCGAACUACCGUCUCACCACCUGACCACCAAAAAAGCCUGCUUUCAUCAUUUACCCGUAAUAGACUCCUGUCAGCCGCUGCAAUGACUGCUAUUCUUAAAGAAAUUGUCAGCCGGAACAAAAGGAGAUACCAGGAGGACGGCUUCGACCUGGACCUAACAUAUAUCUACCCAAACAUUAUUGCCAUGGGCUUUCCAGCUGAGCGACUCGAAGGCGUGUACAGAAACAAUAUAGACGAUGUAGUACGGUUUAUGGAUUCAAAGCAUAAAAACCAUUACAAAAUCUACAACCUCUGCGCAGAAAGACACUACGAUGCUGCCAAAUUUAACUGCAGAGUUGCACAGUACCCUUUCGAAGACCACAACCCGCCUCAGCUAGAGCUGAUCAAGCCGUUCUGCGAAGACCUGGACCAGUGGCUCAGCGAGGACGACAAUCACGUGGCGGCCAUCCACUGUAAGGCAGGCAAGGGCCGCACCGGGGUGAUGAUCUGCGCCUAUCUCCUCCACCGCGGCAAAUUCCUGGAGGCCCAAGAGGCGCUCGACUUUUACGGCGAAGUCAGGACAAGGGACAAGAAGGGAGUGACCAUCCCGAGCCAGCGCCGCUACGUCUACUACUACAGCUACCUACUGAAGAACCAGCUGGAGUACAAGCCGGUGGCCCUGCUCUUCCACAAAAUGGUGUUCGAGACGCUGCCCAUGUUCAGCGGGGGCACCUGCAGAGACAGUACCAUUAAAAACAGGAGCGAGCCGACCCCUCAGGGCUUCAAGAAAGGGAAUUGGCAUUGGGAUCCCCAGUUUGUUGUGUACCAGCUCAAAGUGAAGAUCCACACGUCCAACCCUACCCACACCCGGCGCGAGGACAAGCACAUGUUCUUCGAGUUCCCGCAGCCGCUGCCCGUGUGCGGCGACAUCAAAGUGGAGUUCUUCCACAAGCAGAACAAGAUGAUGAAAAAGGACAAAAUGUUUCACUUCUGGGUGAACACCUUCUUCAUCCCCGGGCCAGAGGAGGGCUUGGAGAAGCUGGAGAACGGCGCGGUGAACAACGCCGAGAGCCAGCAGGGCAGCGGCCAGGUCCAACAACAGCAGCAGCAGCAGCAGCUGCAGCCGCCGAGCAGCGCAGAGUGCAGGGACGGAGGCGUCAGCAGGGAUGGCGGCGACAGGGACUACCUCAUCCUGACGCUGACCAAAAAUGAUCUGGACAAGGCGAAUAAGGACAAAGCCAACCGCUACUUCUCGCCAAACUUCAAGGUGAAGUUGUAUUUCACAAAAACCGUGGAGGAGCCUUCAAAUUCCGAGGCGAGCACUUCAACAUCCGUCACGCCGGACGUCAGCGACAAUGAGCCAGACCAUUAUCGAUACUCUGACACCACUGACUCUGAUCCGGAAAAUGAACCUUUUGACGAAGAGCAGCACACACAAAUCACAAAAGUGUGAACUCUUUUAAAUAAGAAAAAAAAAAUUAACAGCAAGAAAAGAAAUUAUACAGCAGAGAGAAAAAAAAGGAGAAAACUUGAAUAUAAACUUAAAAGAAGAACCUUUUUGUCCUUUACCUCCCCCCCACCCCAGAUGGCAAUAGAAUAUCAUCGUCAAAUGCCAAUUUUAUGGUGAAAAGAUGAAUAUCCUGACCAAUAUAUUGUUUUGUUUUGUUUUUUUAAUUAUUUUGUUUUAUUUCUUUUCCCUUUUGGCACGGCCAUCAACCACGUGCAAGGUAUUGACACUGUUGCCCGACGGGAAAAAGGUGCUGUAGCUAUACAAAAAAAAAAAAAAAAUCAAAAACAAAUGUGUUUAUAUCUAUAUACAUAUGUAUAUGUAUAUACAUAUAUAUACAUUCAUAUAUAAAGGAUUUGUGUGUGUCUGUGUGUGCGCGCGUGUAUGUAUGUAUGUGUGUGUGUGUGCGUGUGUGUGUGUGUCAAAGACAAUGGAAAGAAAGAGAGUACCACAAUCAGGAGAGACGGGAGUUGAAGUCAAGGACGAUCUACUCGGGACAAUGCUGCUCCUUCUCCUGUCCAAACCAAGGCCAGUGCUGCAGUCACUUUGUUUCACUCCCUCCUCCUUUUCCUCUUCAUCUUUUACUCUCCUCUUCCUCCUCCUUUACUGUGAAUGCUUCUUGUGCUCUUUGCAGGCUGUCUCACGUGACUUUUUUUUUUGUUUGUUUUUUGGGUUGUUUUUUUUUUUUCGGCCUUUGUGCAGUGCAAACUGCAUGCGGGGCCGUGGGUUUGGGGGGUGGGGGGUGGGGUG